GGGCGUCGAAGGUCGGCGAGAUGGCGGGCUGCGGGUGGAAGGAGCUGUGGCGGCUGUGCGCCCGGUGUCGGCCCCUGAUCGGCGGCUGGCGGGCCCCGGCCGGCCGCUGGUGCAGUAGGAGCAGCCUGUACGACCAUGUGAGGGACGGCUACUCGGACAGGCCCCGGCUGGACAUGGGGCUGGUCUGCAGUCACACGCAGGCCGUGCUGGACAAUGUGCGGAAUCGCAAGGGGGAGCUGACCGGGGAAGAUGUGUCCGACAUAAUAUCUACGUGGCAACAGCUGAUAAAAACAAAAGAGGAAAUUGAGAAGUUGGAGAAUGAGAAAAGAGCUAUCAGUGAUUCAGUUAAAGCCCUGCUGGAUAAGAAAAACAAAGAAGCACUUCAGUCACACCCUGACUUCUCAAGGCUGCGAAAUCGCGGAAAGGAAAUUCGCUUGGAAUUAAAUGUACUGUAUCAUCAAGAGAACCAGCUUGAUGAACACUUCUAUCUGAAAGCAUUGAAACUACCCAACUGGACUCAUCCAAGUGUGCCCAUAGGUGAUGAAAGUCAGGCUGUCGUGGUUGAGAUGGUUGGUGAGAAACCAGAGUUUGAUUUUGAACCCAAGGGUCAUUUGCAAAUCGGUGAAGAGCUGGACAUUAUUAGACAGAGACGGCUCUCACAUGUGUCUGGCCAUCGAACCUACUACCUCCGAGGAGCAGGCAGUGAACUGCAGCUCGCUUUGGUCCAAUUUACAAUGAGUAAGCUCCUCAAAAAGGGAUUUGUGGCAAUAACUGUUCCGGAUAUGUUGAAAGGGGCUGUGUUUGAGGGUUGCGGUAUGAGGCCCAAUGCCAAAUCCUCUCAGGUUUACCAGCUCGACCCUACUCGCUUUGAAGAUGUCUGUCUAGCAGGGACAGCAGAGGUUGGCAUCGCAGGGUACUUCAUGGAUCAUGCUGUUAACAUUCAGGAUCUGCCCAUGAGGAUGGUGUGCAGUAGUACGUGUUACCGCGCAGAGACGGACACAGCAAGGGAUCCUUGGGGUCUCUACAGGGUUCACCACUUUACCAAGGUGGAGAUGUUCGGAGUGACUGCUGCAGAGACUGGAAGUGAGAGCAAGGAGUUACUGGACGAGUUUGUGUCGCUACAGAAGGAAAUCUUCUCUGACCUUGGACUCCAUUACAAACUUCUGGAUAUGCCAACCCAGGAACUGGGGCUACCAGCUUACCGCAAGUUUGACAUCGAAGCCUGGAUGCCUGGGAGGGGUGAUUAUGGAGAGUUAUCCAGUGCCUCCAACUGCACAGACUACCAAAGCAGAAGGCUGAAUAUCAUGUACUAUGAUGAAGCAACUCUGUUAAAGUACACUCACACUAUCAAUGGGACUGCAUGUGCUGUUCCGCGCACUCUGAUCGCUAUCUUGGAAUGUAACCAGAUGAAGGAUGGCAGUGUUCGUGUGCCAACAGUCUUGCAACCAUAUCUCGGCAAAGAAGUGAUCAGUCACCCCAAACACAGCCCCCUACAAUAUAUUGGACCUAACCAGUACCAGAGGAAUCUCAACCAUUCAGACUGAGGGGCAAAUGGAUUUGAGGAUCCCUUCAAUUUGUGAUUUGUUGAAGCUGUUGUCAUGGAGGCUUGAUUAAGAGCACUCGUCUUACCAGACAACCUCCAGUUUCUUUUCUACAGCUGGGUUUGGAAGCAUACAUCCUCUGCCUGAUCCUCAAAGGAAAGUCUUGCUCUUCCUGUACCUGACCCAGAGAUGAGCCAAGAACACUUGUUGGGAGGGUACAGGGAGAAGAGAAGGUGGAGAAGUUGGGGGGGCAGUUGUGGUGCGGAGAAAGGUUGGGGGGGACUAAUUGUACCUUGAAUAACAUCCUAAACAUAAUAUUCCAGUUGGUGUCAAUGGGUGAGCAAUCUGGAGCAGGUAUCCUUCCUAAAUCAGUGUGUGUCGACAAUAGUUGGAGCUAAUGUGUUUUGCUUUGGUAAGAAGAAUUUCUCAUUUCUCAGCAUUGCCUACUCCAAAGCUAACCAGGGCGUGACAUAAUCAGCCACUCUUUGUAACCAAUUAAACAAGGUAGUGCCCUUCUCCUUUUUACCACCAGAAACUGGUUGGAAUCAUGCACUGUACUGGUGAUUGGCUGACCCUGUGAUGGGCAGGAUUGACACUGGCAAGGCUGGCCUUCCCUGGACCACUUCCUUGGCUUCUUAUGAUGGUGUUGGGAUCAGGCACAGAGUUCUUCAGUGAGAGUGGAGCAGCAGCAAGUGUUCCAUUGAGAUGGUACACACCUUGGAGGUGAUGUCUUCCUCUGCUGUUGUCCUCCUGAAGUAUCUAUGAGAUUCUUGGCCAGUUUCAGUCUCCAUUAACCUUUGCCACUGUAGAUUGCCCCCAAUGUGUAGGUGAGUAGUAGAAUCAGGGAGAAGGGGAGGGUUUAAAGGGAGUGUGGGGAGAAUAAAAACAAAAGGAAUUAAGGUGGGAUGAAUAGAAAUGGGUGGCUGAAGGGCCUGUCUCCAUCUCUCUCUGACUCUGUAACCUCUGGAAACCCUUUAGCCAAGGUGGUGAUGGUCAACAUAUCGUGCAGCUGCAACUCCCCUAGUCCUGGGCAAACUGUGCCAUCUUUUGUCACCUUACCUGCAAACCCAAGCACAGUGUGCUCACCCAGCAGGGUACUUGUGUGACUAACUGCCCUUAGCUGACCUUGACUUCAGGCUUUCAGAUCCCCAUGCUCAACCGUCAGUUGAGACCGUCCAGGGAGUGGACCUUCGGGAGCAGUUGCAGAAAACUUCAGAGCAGAUGGUGGAAUUUUAAUUUUACUGCAGGCGAUCAUGAAUCUCAGUAGAGAUCACUGUUUACGACAUAAAAGGAUUUGAGUGUGAAUCACUGAUGGUAGAAUUAUUUGCACCAAGAGAAUAAAGUUUUUUUUUGCAAUCUUACUUCGUAAACUGCUCUGAGAAUGUCUGGCAAUUGUAUUGUAGUUAUGCAGGCAAUGACCUGGGACUUCUUGCACUGUUGAAGUAUGUUUGUAUUGGUGUUCCACUGCUGCUUUGCAGCUUGCCAUAUUGGCUUGGAAAAGAGAGAGAGUCUACCCAUUGUUAAUCUUUCAGCCAUUCUGACCUGCAACCUUUUGUAAGUUGCUUCCUCUUGCCUCUGUUGGAAGAUUGUGCUUCUGAGUCCCACUUCAGUGACUAAAGUACAGGAUCCAGGCAGGCACUCCCAGGACAGUACUGGGCUAGCACCGUACCCUCAGAUGAUUCCUUCCUGCCCUGUCAGGUGGCUGUCUGAGGCCCCAUUUUCAGAGAGUUAGUCUGGUGUACUGGGGCCAGCAUUUAUUCCUCACUGAAUCAUUAUCAUCAGCACACUGCUGUUUACAUUUGCAAAUUGACUGCUGCACUUCCUACAUUACAACACUCACUGCAAAGCCGUCAAAUCCAUUGGGAUGAACUGUGGUUGUGAAAGAUAUUACAGAAUUGGCAAUGAACUUUUUUUAAUACCCAAAUGGCA